CGACAUAGCGCACACAGGACUCGGGAAUGUCUGCAUGCCUGGUGGACAAUGAAAUAAUAUAUUUUAACGCCUUUAUUAAAUCCGUUCGUCCAGCUGCAUCAGUGCCAUUUUCUGUUCGGGCAGAUGCCGAAGCAAAACAAACUACAACCUACUUAUAAUUAUCCCCAAAGUCCCGUUUUGUUUCCAAUAACGGUCGGCGCUAGCAUUUGCUACCCGCUAGCUUGCUAACGUAAAGCAGCUCUGGAUCAGCAUGAAGCGCGCUGGGAGGAGACGGAGCUCCGUGUGGGACUGUUUCGAACAACAUUCGGGCAACUUGGUCCGCUGCAUGAAAUGUGACGCUACGCUGAAGUACUGCGGAGGAGCCACCAGCUCCAUGAUAAACCACAUGAACAGAUACCAUCCGUCCAACACGACUCUGGAUGAAGACGAGAAGCCGGUGAUUUGUAACGUCCAGUGUCUGGAGGAGGAGAGCACUUCUAACUCGGACAUCAUGCAGGUGGCCAUCAUGUCACCCAACGUGAACACGACUAGCACGCCUCCUGAGCGGGACUAUGGGGAGAGGAAACGCCUGAAGCGGAGCUCUGUCUGGGACAUUUUCGUCAGAGUGGACGACGAGGUUCACUGCACGAUGUGCGACACCAAACUGAAAUACAGGAGCAGCACCACCAGCAUGAUGUACCACAUUAAAAACAAACACCCAGACACCAUACCUAAUGAUGGCGUGUCGCUGGCAACACACGCAGAGGUGACUGAACUUAUCUCCAGGAUGAUAGAAAAGGACAUGCUUCCCAUCAGCAUGGUCAAUGGUGAUGGUUUUCGAGAGCUACUUGCAUUCACUGUGCAUAAUUAUAAAAUGCCAUCCACUGGUGAUGUUACUCGCAUUAUUGAAGGCCACUUCCAUGAUAAGGUGGAGGAGCUGGUGGCGCAGCUGGGUAAAGUGGAGAAAGUGGCCCUGACUGCGGAUUUCUGGACUGCUCUGCCAGUUCAGAGGUACAUUACAGUGUCUUGUUCAUUCAUAACAGAUGACUGGCAGGGGAGGUCCGCUGUGCUGCAGACGCACAGGCUUUCAUCAGAGGGCCACACAACCACAGACUGUGUCACCGAGAGGCUUCUCAGCACCGUGCAGGCAUGGGGUAUUGCUGGGAAGGUGACUGCAUGUGUUCAUAACAACACACAGAACAUCUUGUCAGCCCAAGCGUGUGCCCGUAUCACCUGGGACUACGCCACUUGCUUUGCCACUACACUGCAGCUGGCAGUCAGCGAUGGUCUAAGUGAGGAUCUCGUCCGCAUCAUCAUUGCAGCAGGGAAACUUGUCAGGCACUUCAAUAACAACUUGGUGGCAAGUGAAGCUUUGGAGCAUAAGCAAGUCCAGAUGUGCCUGCCACAGCACAAGCUCAUUCAGUCAAGCAAGACCAGAUGGGACACUAUCUGUGAUAUGUUUGAACGUCUACUUGAGCAGCGGUGGGCAAUUAAAGCUGUUCUCUCGGAUCGCACAAUCACCAACAGACACCAAGCGCAGACUCUCGAGAUUGAAGAUGACUGCUGGCAAGUCAUAGAGAAUUUUACGCCUGUGCUGGCAACGCUGAAAUGGGCAACAACAGUCAUAUCUGCUGAAACAGAGGUCUCCAUUUCAAACAUCUAUCCAAUCACCUUCAGCCUCAUUCAGACUCACCUUGUGCCGAAAGAAAACGAUGUUGAGCAAGUGUCAGAGUUCAAGCUCAAAGUUCAGAAGUCACUUAGAAAUCACAUGGAGGUUGACUCUAAUGACUUAGCUUCAAAACCAGCCCUGAUUGCUUCUAUGCUGGACCCUCGCCACAAACAUCUCAGCUUCCUGACGCCAACUGGGAGACUGGCUGCAAAAGUUAAGCUGCAUGAACUGGUUUCAAAACUAGAUGUGAUAACUACUACUGUGGGCACAAAGGAUGAGCAGCAGGAGACCCUGAUCACACCUGAUAUCAGCCAUUUGGCUGUGCCCUCUCAAGUGAGGAGCGACACCAAAAACACCAUGGUUUUGCUCCUUGGAGACAACUACAGUUCCUCCUACGCCACGGACUCAGAGGCUCAGGUCGAUUACUACUUAAGAGACAUUGCUCCCUCACUGGACAUAAACCCUCUUGACUGGUGGAAAGUAAACGGACCAAGAUUCCCCAAACUGGCCACUCUGGCGAGACACUACAUGUGUGUUCCUGGAGUAUCACUGCCGUCUUUAUUGUCAGAAGCUGGACAAACGUUUGCCACGAUGCGUACAAGACUGAGCCCAGAGCAUGUUGACAUGAUGAUCUUUGUAAACAAAAUGCAUAACUUGCAUGAGCUUAGAUUAUGAGGAUGUAAACUGACUUUGUAUAUCAACAAUAGAAUCAUGUAGCUGUAGGGCAGUGGGGAACAGGUGGGUGCAGGAGGUCAGGGAGAUGCAAACACUGUUCACUGUCAAUAUGUAGUAUUUCCUGAUGUUGAUAGUGCUGUAAACUAAAAUGUAUUCCAUCAACCAAAAGUUUAAACAACUUCCCUGAACAGUUGCUGUAACCUGAGCUGCAUUUAAAUAUGUAACCACACCCAAAUGUAGUUCCCAACGAUAAAAAACACAAUUUACCUCAUCAACUGAAGAUAGAAUACCUGUAAUAUCAAUACAACUAGUAACUGAUAUCACACUAAAUACUGUAUUACUGCCAGUGUUGUUGCCAUUUCUGUUGUGUCUCUCAGUAAGUGCUGCCAAAUAAAAUACGUACAGGUGUA